AUGUAUCAUCAGAACCCACCAGCUAAUGCAGUACCUGUGGCGCUGACAUCAUCAACUGCAAUAAAAAAUCGUAGAUGGUUUUCCGCAGUUCCAUUAAUUGCUUUAUGCUGUCUCGGGAUAUUGGGUUUGCUAUUAGCAGCAACUAUUGUUUUAGCCUUGAUACCUGUGUAUCUACCAAAACGUGGUGGUGGAACAGUGGCAGUUCAAGCUAAUCAAAGGGCAUUGAUCGCACCAGCAGAUAUUGUAGAACACAUCGAAAAACAGAACGAGCAGUGUUCGUGUUAUAUCUCUUCAUAA